ACCAACUUUCGACCAGCCAAUAAUCCCAGAUCAUUUUACGGUUGGUUCAAUUCCGUCUUCAAUAAGUACGAUUCAGACCGGGUCGCGGCCGUGGGCCCGGAUCGAGCUUGUGCUGAAUGGCUCCUAAGAUGUGGAGGUGGCGUGGUUUGGAAAGGCUCACAAGCGGUGUUCACCGACUACAACGCGUUACCCCGGACACCUUCAAGGUCGACCAAAAUCGAAGAGAUUGAUGGAACCGACUCCUGUAUCAUGAAUGUGGGAUUUGACUACCUGAAAGGAUUGACAGAGUUAAAGAAAAUCAAAUUGAAGAAUGCCACAUCUGUCGAUGACUAUGCCCUCGCGCUUUUGGCCUCUAUCUGUCACGACCGACUCGAAAGCUUGGAAGUAAGUGAUAACGGCACCGUGACAGAUGAGGGCGUCUCAAGUUUGAGAAAAUUGAAAAAGUUACGGCACCUCUCGUUGGACAACUUGGGUAAUGUGGACAAUCCUGAACGUGUUCUCCAGAGACUCCGAGAGGAAUUACCAUCUUGCCACAUUGAGUGGCCCCCUUUCACCGGCCAAAGUGAUCAAACUGACUGAGGGGUGACCAGAUCAUGGGGACCUCAAGGAAGAUAAGGAGAAAGAUGUUGAGUUAUGUUUUUAGUAAGAACAUGAGGAGAAGCGGAAAUGGACAAAAUUUGUUCAUGGCUGGCUCCAGGUCGAGUGUGACCAAGUUGAAAUUGUGAGCGAACUCAAUCAAAUUCAUAAUAAAUAAUAUCGUUUUCAA